AUGGGGUUCGCGCGCGUCGAUGGUUUGAUUGCCGGACCCCCUUCUCCUUGUACUCCCACGUUGGCAUCAACAUCACACCUGAGCUUAACACUACCGCCGGCAAGCUAUGUGAACGCAUUCAUGGACGGGGAGGCAGGCUCGCCCUCGUCAAGCUUUCAGGAGCCCGAACCGCCGUCGAGCUCGCUGCCUACGAGCAGCCAGUCGUUGGGCAGCGCGGGCGAGUUGAAAUUGGUGGAAUGCGCGGUCAUGUGGGAAGAUAUGAUUGACGAGGUCGACGAGCGUCACAGGGAUAUGAUGUCUAUCGAAGAAUACAGUUGGCUUCGCUUCUACUACAACUCAACCAGACAAGCGCAACAAGUCUUUUGUGCACUCCUGAGUCUGCCCAAUACGUGGCACAGGAUUGAGGAAGUCGAACAUGAAGUAACACUUGAUCCCGCCAAACCCCAUAACACCGUCGCAGCAGCAUUCAAGGACCUUGCGCGACCCCGGCCAAUCGAACCUCCACACGAGCUCACCCUUAGCCAACUGAGCCAAUUGAGCGAGAGUCAAGCGAGCCAACAAAGUCAAGAUUGCCAGCCGAGCCAGCAGACCACGCAGCCAAGUCAACAAAGCCAGCUAAGUCAGUCGACUCAGCAGGACAGCACUCAACCCGUCAAGGACGAGCCCGUCGAUACACCCCUCCCCCCACAACCGCAACCUAGCACCAUCAGUCGGCGCCCCCUUGCUUCGUUGACCAAUUUUGCCGCUGUUGCACCUAGCGUCAAGGACGAGGAUUACGGCGACUCCGUCGAUUGUUCAUCUUUGGCCUUUGGCUUCAGAUACACUGAGCGCAAAGUCAAGCUUGAGGCUCUCACUACUGAGCAGCUGAAGGAUGUCUACAGGCAGAUCCUUGGCAAGCGAAAGAUCAAGACGCGGGAGCAGAUGAUCGACGACCUGGAGAAGACGUCGAGGCAGUCGACACUGCCUUUCACUUCCAUUAAGAAGGAGGAUGCCGAGCCCAGUACGCAAACCACGAAGCGCGUCACGCAGUUCGACAGGAUGAUGUUGCUAGUUGACAAAUAUGUUGAGGAUGUCCCCUGCAUCAAGAUUAAGCCAGAAGUCUACGAAUUCUUCCGCCUCGUCAACGUACUGGCCUACAGGAGGACCACCUACCCCGACUUCAGCUCCCCAGAAAGUCCGUUGCACGAUUACACGGUCGUGAAGCAGACCACGUUCUGCCAAAGGGACCAUCGUAUAUGGCCCUCGCGUGAGGAAUUGGACCAGUACUACGACGCUCUGGUUCUCAAAGCGCGCGUAGAGGGCAAGCUGCCGUGGCCUGCCACGAAGGCAUUGCGACCGCAACCGAAGGGCGGCAAGCCGAAGUUCUCCGCGAAGUUCUUGAAGCCGGAGGACAGCGAACAGUACCGCACUGCGGCGCAGUGCCACCUUGCCCUCGUGAAGGAGGCCAUGGAGGGCGUCAAGUCGGAGCUCGAUCGACUAAGUGCGAGUUCUGAGUGGCCGGACGACGAACCGCCGCGAUUGAUAGGUUUGAGGCGGUUCGAGCAAGGAUACAUCCUCACCCGCGUACUAUGGGCAGGCGCACAGGCCUUGGCGAAAUCGAGAGUAGACAAGGACAAGACGCUCGCCGUCGAACUCUACGAAUACGUCCUCAAGCAGGAUCGCUGGUGCUUGGGCGACUCUGGUGCAAUAUAUGCCGGGUACAUCAAACUGUUGCUCGACGUAGCGGCGAAGGCGCCCAAAGGUGAAGCUUGUACAUUACGUGAGCGUGCCAUAGCGGCAGUGGUUAUAGCGCUCGAUUGCCAUGACGUUGGAAUCAGUCAUCGGCCUCGUCUUCAUCGCCACCGCGUGACGCUGGCGAAGUCGAUGGGGCAUCUCGACGGCGUCUCAGCAGUCCCUCCGAGCAUCAAGCCCGAGACCAUCCACCUUGUGAAGCACGUGGCGGACGUCGAAGACAGUUGCGCUUCGCAGGGCCCCAAAGGUCGGGACGGUGUCCUACGCCUCUGGUCAAGCGCGGAUAUGGCCGACGAGCCAGCCAGCGCUCUUGAAUGUGUCGCAAGACGCUACGAGGCCCAAGGCUAUACGGUCAUACGCAACAAGCAGAUCCUCACAUCCAUCUUCGCCCUUCUGUUCUGGGAUAUCCUUUGGGAUCAGGACGUUCCGGGCGCAUUCGAGUACUGCUAUCAAGACGGACCACUGGACCUGUAUGAGCCAGGCGUCUUUCUACGCAGUCGAGAGCGGCAAAUCUGCGCGCUGCUUGAGAGGAUUGGGAACGACGAUGGCGCGGUAAUCGUCGACGAGACACUGCGUGGACCCGGAGAUUUUUCCGCGAAGCCCAUGACAGUGGGAUGGGACCAUGUCAACUUUGGUCUUGAUGAUCCGGCUACUCUCACGAAAGUUGUUCAGGAAAUACCAGCAGGCGUGCUUGUCACUAUUGGCACGCUGUUUUGCGAGGACUACGCUGCCAGGCGCGACUCAGCUCCCGAUCUAGUCGUACACGACGACAACGACGGCGAAGUCAAGUUCGUGUAUGUUACGGACGGGAAGGCCCUGACGCCCGCCCAGCAGGUAUGGCUUGAUACGCUCUUGUCUGCGAGCGCGCAAGUCGUGUACUGCAAGGUAGUGGAAGAACCUCAAUCUCCGCGCAGGCUGAUCAAGAAGCGCAAGCGGCAAGCGUCAAAACCUCAUGUGGCCGCAACCUCCGACGCAGAAGAGAAUGAGGUGGCCCAGCCCGAACAAGCGUCUGACGUGGAGGGCUCGUAUGAGUCCGGUCCAGCAGACUUAGCAGGACCAAGCUCGCAACUACGACGGACUAGUCGCCCUCGAGUUGCGAAGAGGCGACGGUCGGAAGAACAUGAAGAUAUGUAAAUGUUGCUUGUGUAUCUGUUCCCUCGGAUUGUUGUACACCGCUCUGCUCUCGGAUACCCCUGCCAUAUAUCUCUUAGUGUACGGUAUCUGCCUAUUUUUCCUUAUCAUCUUCGUAUAUCUUGAUACCUUUCUCCUACCUUAUUUCCUUACGUCCCUCUGUAUCUAGCCUCACUUCCAACACGGCUGUUGCUCAACGCAGGGCUCUAGAACGUC